AACUUCAUGGUUUAUUUUUUGUGAAAAUGCUUGAGUAGCAAAAACACAGAACCGAAUCAGCACUUGUGGUUUGAAAUGUGCCGAGUCAGGAACAUGUUGGUUUAUGUUCAGACGGUCCGAGCUGCAGACUGUCAGUCGAUGCCAACUGCACUGCAGAGAUGGAGAACAGACGUAUACAUCUGGCUUGUGGAAGUUUCUGCACCUACAUCGCAGUCAUCGCCGUUUUCAUCCUGUUUGGCAGAGACUUUGAAUGCACCUGCCAACCACAAGUCUUGGACUGCAACGUGUACCUGUAUCUGCCAGCUUUUAUAGUUUACCUGUUGAUUCUGUGGACAGACGGCUCGUUUCGGAGCGUCUACAGACUCCUGUGCAGAGGUGUGCCCCGAGGCACACACACCCACACCUGCAGUUUUUGGGGUUCUUUAUUCUAUCACAUUUUCAAGGCAGCGUUCAUCGGCCUGCUGUGGGUUGUCGUGGUUUUAAUCGAUGGAGACUGGUACGUCUGCUGUCAGAACGAUCGCUCUGAACAACAGAGACAGUUGGCCUGCAAAGCCGUGGGGAGGAUCACUGAAGAGGAACGAGUAACCAUCGCUAAACUGAGGAACAUGUCCAGGGUUUUUGGCUCCUUUCUCUUCUUGGUUAUCGUUUGUGUGCCAUUCCUGAUGGCGUAUUUCAGAUGGAUGAUAUCUUCCAGAAGGAAACUGUAUGAGAAACUGAUGUUAGAGGAGGAGGAAAAGGUGCUGAAGGAGGUUCUGAGGAAAUCAGCCAAAGAGACGCUGAGCAGAGCGAUCGAGGACAGAGUACGAAGGAACCGAUGGGAGGAGUGUUGCAAUGUGGCUGCAGAUCUGAUUACAUCUGAAGAGAACUUUCCUGAACACGAGGAGCAACAACAAACAGGGGAAACAUGAGACCAGGUGAGUUACAGCAGAGCGUGAAACCUCCACGAGAAGCAGAACGAGACUAAAUGCUGAUUAUGUUCGACAGAUGUGACGUCUGAGCCCAAAGAAUCAAACCCAGCUGUUUACUGGCUCACAUGUAGGUAUGAGGAUUAGGGAUGCACCGAUACCGACGCCAGUAUCGUUCUGAUGCCGUGCGCAUGUACUCGUACUUGUAAUCAUAAAGUUACUCUAACUAAGA